AGAAUGAAAUAAGAGAGGAGGGGAGACAAGUGGGAGAUGGCAUGUAAUGGUAGAAAGGCUGGGGUGAAACGGAUGAAUGAAGUAGCGAGAGGGAGGCCGGUGGCAAGGGUGGAGAGUGGACAUUGUGGAUGGAAGGUCAAACUAAAAGCAUCACAAGGCAUGACUAUGCACCGUGACCAACCAACAAAAAAAGCUACGAGCUGACGGCUUAGCACGAGAGAAUAGCACCAGUGUGGCUGCACCGUUCAGAGGUUACGCUGUGUUAUCUCACAUCCAGAAAUAAGUGACACAUUUAUGGGUGAAAGGGCCGCACUGUUUACGUGAUAAUUAAGGUUUUACUCCCCUGAUUAUCACAUCUGCAUCUGUCUUGCCAUAUUCAAACUCUGUCAUGCUGGGAUUGAGGAGCGCCAUCCCCGCGCUAAUUCUGGCCGCUCUAGUAUGGCGUGCCAGGAGUCAAGAUACUACCACCACCACCACCACCACAACUGACCCACCCACAACCGCGACCACUACAACCGACCCACCCACUACCAAAACUACCACAACUGACCCACCCACUACCACGAUCACCACAACUGACCCACCCACUACCACGAUCACCACAACUGACCCACCCACUACCACAACUACCACAACUGACCCACCCACUACCACAAUCACCACAACUGACCCACCCACUACCACAACAACCACAAAUGACCCACUCAUUACCACAAUCACCACAACCGACCCACCUUCUACCACAAUCACCACAACCGACCCACCUUCCACCACAAUCACCACAACAGACUCACCCACUACCACGACCACCACACCCGACCCACCCACUACCACAACCACCACAACUACCACAACUGACCCACCCACUACCACAACCACCACAACCGAGCCACUCACUACCACAACCACCACAACCGACCCACCUUCUACCACAAUCACCACAACAGACUCACCCACUACCACGACCACCACACCCGACCCACCCACUACCACAACCACCACAACUGACCCACCCACUACCACAACCAUCACAACUGACCCACCCACUACCACAACCACCACAACUGACCCACCCACUACCACAACCAUCACAACUGACCCACCCGCUACCACAACCGACUCACCCACUAUCACAACUGACCCGCCCACCACCGCCACCAUCACCACCAUCGACCCACCCACAACCACCACCACCACCACCACCACCAUCGACCCACCCACAACCACCACCACAUCAACAGACCCACCCACCACCAUCACCACUACCAACCCACCCACCACCACCACUAUCUUAACCACGACUACAACCACUUCGCCCUCUACCACAACCCAACCUCUGUGCCCGAAGGACCUCCCACAGUACUGGACAGAUUGCUACGGUAGUUACUAUAGGUGCCAAGACUGUUACGUGACGUGCCGGGGAUGGCGUGUGCCUCGCCCUCCCUUCAAUGCUACCGUGGGCUGCCUCGCGAGUCACUUGUGCGGCGAAGUGAACCUAGACUGCAGUGACCCAAGAAACUGCCGGCCAGUGCACAGGUGGGUGUGGGGCACAAGACCUCGCCAGUACCCAGGGCGGUCCCACUGGCCUUGGAAAGGGCGACGUAUAUUCUAGAUGGUGGGUUUGGUGGAGGAAACGACCUUGACCACAUCCUGGAAUGUCCUCGAUCCCGCCUCUCUCUCUCUCUCUCUCUCUCUCUCUCUCUCUCUCUCUCU